GCGGGCAGCUGGCCGGGAUGCCGGGCGAGCGGCAGGUGCAGGAGAAGGUGCUUCAGUACGAGGCCUUCGUCAGCGAGGUUCUGCAGAGGGACCUCCGGAAGGUUCUGGAGCAGCGGGAUCAGGUCUAUGAAAAGAUGGCUCAGUACCUGCAGCUCAAGAAUAUUAUUGAGCGGUUGCAGGAGACAGGAAGCCAGGAGCUGACAACUCAAGUGGAUCUAGGCUGCAAUUUCUAUGUCAAUGCAGAAGUGCCUGAUGCCUCCACCAUAUUUGUAGCACUGGGUUAUGGGUUCUUUGUGGAGUUGACUCUUCCUGAGGCGCUUGCCUUCAUUGAGAAGAAGAACAAGCUACUAACAGAACUCAGUGAAGCCCUUACCAAAGACUCUGCCAAGAUCAAAGCCAAUAUUCGGAUGGUUUUAGAGGGCUUGCAUGAACUCCAAGGUCUCCAAGAUUUGCCUGAGGAGACCAGAAGGGACAUCUUCCUUUAGGCACCAGCCCUUCCUAGAGGGGACGUUUUCAAUGUGAUAUGCUGGAAGAAGAGUUAGUCUCUUGGGCAUUUUGGUGGUGGCAGCAGGAACUUCGUUUGUAACUGAGGAAACCCUUAUGAGUUGGGUAGGGUGAAUGUACUUACAGGGACAGCAGAUUGGAGAGUUUGAGAGAGAACAGUUUCUCUUGGGGUGGUUGAUUUCACUGCUCCAAAUAUUCAAGCCUUCUCUGCCUCUGUUUCCCCAGGAACUGUGUCUUAGUAUAAGUUCAUCUCAAUUUGCAAAAGUAACAAAUAAAGAUGAUUAUUCCA